AUGUCUGUACUACCCCCAGUCACAAUCCCAGAUCAUCUUCUGUACUACCCCCAGUCACAAUCCCACAUGUCUGUACUACCCCCAGUCACAAUCCCACAUGUCUGUACUACCCCCAGUCACAAUCCCACAUGUCUGUACUACCCCCAGUCACAAUCCCACAUGUCUGUACUACCCCCAGUCACAAUCCCAGAUCAUCUUCUGUACUACCCCCAGUCACAAUCCCAGAUCAUCUGUACUAACCCCAGUCACAAUCCCAGAUCAUCUUCUGUACUACCCAGUUACAAUCCCAAAUCAUCUUCUGUACUACCCAGUCAUAAUCCCAGAUCAUCUUCUGUACUACCCAGUCACAAUCCCAGAUCAUCUGUACUACCCAGUCACAAUCCCAGAUCAUCAUCUGUACUACCCAGUCACAAUCCCAGAUCAUCUUCUGUACUACCCCCCAGUCACAAUCCCAAAUCAUCUUCUGUACUACCCCCCAGUCACAAUCCCAAAUCAUCGUCUGUACUACCCCCAGUCACAAUCCCAGAUAAUCUUCUGUACUACCCCCCAGUCACAAUCCCAGAUCAUCUGUACUACCCAGUCACAAUCCCAAAUCAUCUGUACUACCCAGUCACAAUCCCAGAUCAUCUGUACUACCCAGUCACAAUCCCAGAUCAUCUUCUGUACUACCCCCCAGUCACAAUCCCAAAUCAUCUUCUGUACUACCCCCCAGUCACAAUCCCAGAUCAUCUUCUGUACUACCCCCCAGUCACAAUCCCAGAUCAUCUUCUGUACUACCCCCAGUCACAAUCCCAAAUCAUCUUCUGUACUACCCAGUCACAAUCCCAGAUCACCAUCUGUACUACCCCCAGUCACAAUCCCAGAUCAUCUUCUGUACUACCCCCCAGUCACAAUCCCAGAUCAUCAUCUGUCCUACCCAGUCACAAUCCCAAAUCAUCUUCUGUACCCCCCAGUCACAAUCCCAAAUCAUUGUCUGUCCUACCCAGUCACGAUGUCUGUACUACCCCCAGUCACAAUCCCAAAUCAUUGUCUGUCCUACCCAGUCACGAUGUCUGUACUACCCCCAGUCACAAUCCCAAAUCAUCUUCUGUACCCCCCAGUCACAAUCCCAAAUCGUCUUCUGUACCCCCCACUCACAAUCCCAAAUCAUCGUCUGUCCUACCCAGUCAUAAUCCCAAAUCAUCUUCUGUAAUACCCAGUCACAAUCCCAGAUCAUGA